CGGGGCGGGGGUGAGGGGGGCGCGCGCAGGUGCAUCCGCUCCUCUCAGGGCGCCUCCCGCCGCCGCCGCGGGGCAGCGCCCGGGGAGAGCGCGGUGUUCGCUCUCGGCAGCGCGGAGCGCGGGUUCUUCCCGUGCUCCGACCGCCCCUGGUGAGGGGAGGGGAGAGGGAAGACCGGAGGAGGGCACGGAGGCAACGCCGUCACCAGAGGAGGCGGUGGCGGGGAAGAGGAGGGGAAGGAGCCGGCGCGGAGCCUCGCCUCACCUCGCCUCGCCUCACAGCCCCUCCGCCGUCCUCGCCUCGCCGGCCGCCGGACUCACCGGCGGCCGCCCGUCCUCAUGAUGGCCUCGACCACCUGCACACGCUUCACCGACGAGUACCAGCUCUUCGAGGAGCUCGGAAAAGGGGCGUUCUCCGUCGUGAGGAGGUGUAUGAAAAUCACCACAGGACAAGAGUACGCUGCCAAAAUUAUCAACACCAAAAAGCUUUCAGCUAGGGAUCACCAGAAACUGGAGAGAGAAGCUAGAAUCUGUCGCCUCCUGAAGCAUCCUAAUAUUGUGCGGCUCCAUGACAGCAUAUCAGAAGAAGGAUUCCAUUACUUAGUCUUUGACUUAGUCACUGGAGGUGAAUUGUUUGAAGAUAUAGUUGCAAGAGAGUAUUAUAGUGAAGCAGAUGCCAGUCAUUGUAUACAGCAGAUUCUAGAAAGUGUUAAUCAUUGUCAUCUAAAUGGCAUAGUUCACAGAGACCUGAAGCCUGAGAACUUACUUCUAGCUAGCAAAUCCAAGGGAGCAGCAGUCAAACUGGCAGACUUUGGAUUGGCUAUAGAAGUCCAGGGAGAACAACAAGCUUGGUUUGGCUUUGCUGGUACUCCAGGGUACCUUUCUCCAGAAGUGUUACGAAAAGAUCCCUAUGGAAAACCUGUGGACAUGUGGGCAUGUGGAGUCAUUCUGUACAUCCUCCUGGUGGGAUACCCUCCCUUCUGGGAUGAAGACCAGCACAGGCUUUACCAGCAGAUCAAGGCUGGUGCUUAUGAUUUCCCCUCACCAGAAUGGGACACGGUGACUCCUGAAGCAAAAGACCUUAUCAAUAAAAUGCUCACCAUCAACCCAGCAAAACGUAUCACAGCAUCAGAAGCACUAAAGCAUCCAUGGAUCUGUCAACGUUCUACUGUUGCCUCUAUGAUGCACAGACAAGAGACUGUAGAUUGCUUGAAGAAAUUCAAUGCAAGAAGAAAACUAAAGGGGGCCAUUUUGACAACAAUGCUGGCUACCAGAAAUUUCUCAGCAGCCAAGAGUUUACUGAAAAAGCCGGAUGGAGUUAAGAAAAGGAAGUCCAGUUCGAGUGUUCAGAUGAUGAUAAACAACAAAACCAACGUGGUAACCAGCCCCAAGGAAAAUAUUCCUACCCCGGCGCUGGAGCCCCAAACUACAGUAAUCCACAACCCUGAUGGAAAUAAGGAAUCAACAGAAAGUUCCAACACGACCAUCGAAGAUGAGGAUGUGAAAGCUCGUAAGCAGGAGAUUAUCAAGGUGACCGAGCAGUUGAUUGAAGCCAUCAACAACGGGGACUUCGAAGCUUACACAAAAAUCUGUGAUCCAGGCCUUACGUCUUUUGAACCUGAAGCUUUGGGUAAUCUGGUAGAAGGGAUGGACUUCCACCGGUUUUACUUCGAAAAUGCUCUGUCCAAAAGCAACAAGCCGAUCCACACGAUCAUCCUGAACCCGCACGUGCACCUGGUGGGCGAGGACGCGGCAUGCAUCGCGUACAUCCGCCUGACGCAGUACAUGGACGGCAGCGGCAUGCCAAAGACUAUGCAGUCCGAGGAGACGCGCGUGUGGCACCGGCGCGACGGCAAGUGGCAGAACGUGCACUUCCACCGCUCGGGCUCGCCCACCGUACCCAUCAAUGCCUAGCGCAGAGGGAUCCCACCACGGCUCCAGCCCCUAGAUGCUACGCUAAAAAUAUCAGCGGUGCCGCUCUUGCAUUUUCUGUACCCAACGCACCUGGUUGAUUACCAUCUUGGCCAUCCUGUUCUCUUCAUGCAUGUUUCUGAGUGCAUGAAGUUGUGAAGGUUCUUCAUGUAACACAUUUGUGAUGCACCACAUUGCUGUAUAUUCCAUCUGUACACUGUUAACAUUUCAAUGAAGGUGAUGUUCCAUGCAAUUAGAGAAUAACAAGGUGUAAAAGACAAAAAAGAGAUAUUGGAUGGACAGCAGUAGACACAUAAUACAUUUGUCACUUGCUCCAUUUAUGACAAGUUUUGACAGACAACUUUAAAAUCUAACGCGUUUAUUAAAAAAAAGGAAAAAAAAGAAAAAGUAUAUUUUACCUUCUUUUUUUAAGAACUGUUUUUUGACUCCUCCUUUUCUCCCAAGUCCCAGGAUUUUGCUUUGGUUCUGGUAGGAAUGGUUAGGAUUUCCGCUGGCAGCUCCUUUACUGUAAAACAGAUUUUUAUCCUAGAUGGACAAAAUCACUGAUAAAUGCGGAAGGGUUAAUAUCUUGGCUUUGGACCAGCUACAGCCUUCUUAGUUAAAUAGUCUAUGUAAACUGGAAAAAUCUUCUUGUUUGUUGGCCUGGCCACUCCAGAAUUAACUGUCAGUGUUCUGGGGAGUCAGCAGCUUCCAUUUUCCUUUUGAGUCCUUUUCGCUUUCUUAUUUUGCUUAACUGAACGGUUCUGUUGGAUGAUUAAGCAAAAUUAAAAAUUGUAAGGAACUAAGUGAUAAUUGAGAGACAGUUUUUGAGGAUUAAAAUGGAAGGAAGAGAAAGAUUUUUAUCACUUUUAGGAUGUACUGUAAAUUUUUAAGGAGGCUUUAAAAAUACAAUAUGUGGGUUAAUGUAUAGACCAGUUGUGUGGAUAAUAUACUCAAGAAAUAUUAGGCCUUAAAGCUAAGUAUGAAGAGUUUACUUACAUUACACUGCUGCUUUUGCUUCUCUGGAAAUGAAUUACGGAGACACCGGUUUUCCGUGGGACCCUAGCACUUUACCACAGUCUCCCCCUCUUGCCCUCAAUCCACUCAUGGUUUCUCAAGCUCCCCUGGCAGUGUUCGGUGUUGAGGCCGACGAUCCCAACGGGUUUGUCCCAGCUCUGGGCCGAGGGUGGAACGCUGUGCUGGCAGUGCGGAACGCCAACUUUGCAACAGGGACUAGCUCUCCUUCCCUCACGUUGCUGUAAAAAUACACCCUCACAAGAAUUUCACCUUCUUCCCUUCCACUGUUGCAGGGAAGCCCAGGCUGGGCUGCUCGUGUUCUCCCUGUGGUUCUGCUCCCCGCAGCGCUGUACAGUGCAUGGUAUCUCAGUCAGUGUCCUUUUUAGCCGUCCAAAAUUUACAACUCGGCAGCCGGGACUUUUUAAAAUGGGAAAGCUUCCUAAUUUGUAUCAUUUCACCUUUCUGUGUUGAUUACUAAUCAGAAGCAGUUCUUAAACAUGUUGAUGUUGUUACUAGUGGAUGUAUGGUAGAUGGACUUAAGCUUCUCUGAUAAUUACUACAUGAUUUUAAACAAUAUAUAUUUAAAGUAAGCAUCUACAAUAAAUGUGUUGAGCCAUAUUAACCUGCCAAUGGGAUCUGUGAAAAAAGUAAUGGCCUCAUUUUUUUUUUCUCAUUAAUUUCUUUUUCCUUUUUUCUUUUUUUUUUCCUUUUUUUUUCUUUUUUUUUUUUUUUUUUUUUUUUUUUUUUUUGAAGCGGCUAUAAGUGGCAUAACUAUAUUUAAAAUUAACAAAUUAGGUGUAGGGUGGUUUUUUUAUACUUAUAACAUAGCAUGUGGUGUUGAUGUAUUACUGUAGACCAAGUUUGUCUUCCACACCAAGACAUAAGGAAAUUGUGAUUUGUUCUCUCCACCACAACUGAAUUACAUACUUCUGUCAUUUUGGAACACUGCAGUUUACCAUGGGACACAGUGUACAUAUUUCUUGCCAUAAUGGUAAAUGAUUGAUAUAUUUAAGGAUUAAUAAAUUUGUGAUUUCUGCUGACA